AUGGAUCGGCUUCCCAUGGAGAUUUACGACCGUAUAAUAUACUAUGUCGAAUGCCUCGGCUGGUCCACUCGUGCUUCAUGGCCUGACUAUCUUAGAAAAGACUGGAGUUACCCACCAUCACUCAGAAUAAGUGAUCAUGAGGGUGAGAAAACACUGACUAUACUUCGUCAAGUCAGUAAGACUUUCUGCCGAAGUGCGUCAAGGGCAUUGUUCCGGCGCGUAUUUCUGGUGAUCGGUAAUAAGCGGUCUACCAGAAAAGUUAAGGCAAUAUCCCUAAGUAACUAUGCCUUGUACGUUCGUGAAAUAGCCUUCGACUUGUCUUGGUUCGUUCAUGAUGAAUCGGACUGGGACUACGGAGAGCGUGAUGAUGGAUACAUCGCCUUCUCGCGUUACGUUGCCAAUACCCUUCCACCUCUCGUGGCCAGGUUUUCCAACUUACAGUCUAUCGAUAUAUGGGGAUGUAUCAGCGAAUCAGUAGGAGAAUCGGUGGGAACUGCAACGACUGCGACCCUUGAGUCGAUAGCAAACUUGCAAUCUCACAAUGUGACACAACUGCGUUUACCUUCGGAGGCUGCCAAUUAUCUGGCAUGCCAUAUUGAAAGUAGCGAGAAGACACCAAUUACGAACCUCCUACGACAAACCCGACAUUUGGUCUUUGCUCCUUGGAACGUAGAGGAGGAGGAUCUGGAUGCAAUGGAUGGGCUCAGUAUGCUACUGGGAGGUACAACCAAUCUUCUUUCCCUCACUGCGCACUGUUUCUGCACCUUGGAUAGCCCUUCGGAAUACUUUGGAGUCAACCAAACUCUUCGACUGAAAUCAUUGGAAUUGGGCGCUGUAUUCGUUACCUCUCACGAUCUCUUGGAGUUACUUGAACGGUGCAAGGAGACCAUCAGAUAUGUUGAGCUUGAUUCUGUGACAUUGACUUUUGGGUCGUGGCUGCACGUGCUAGUUCAAAUCAGCAAGAAUCUGAAGUUAUUCAUGUUCUCCCUUUUCAGCUGGGAGAUAAAGCUCGAUGAGGAGUUUGAGUUUGAUGACAUGUGGAUCGAGUACGGCCGCUUUCGAAAGCAAUAUGGGCUGAUAUGUCACGCACUUGGUGAUCUACAGCGUCAAGUAAACGCGAAUAGGCUUGAUGCAGGACUUGGGCCGUGGUCAAGAUCUAUGUUCAAAGCACUUGAUCUUCCACCUCUGAAAUCUGUCAUGAAGAAAGUAGCAUAUGAGAAGCUGAAUGAACAGCCUUGGGGCUCAAAGAAAGAAGAUGUGCAUCACCAUUCUCUCUGUGAGAGUGAGGAUGAAGAGAAUGAUGAAGACUGGUUCGAUAAUGAACACGAUGAAGGAGAUGAGGAUUGGUUCGACGAUGAUGAUGCAGAAGAAGAAGAAGAAGAAGAGGAGGAGGAGGAGGAGGAGGAGGAGGAGGAGGAAGAUUGA